GCCGCCUGCUCCAGCUUCUGCUCCCCUUGGGCCCCCUCGCGCGGCUGGCGGCUGGCUCUCUCCCCGGUCGCGGCCCGUGGGGACGUUCGCAGGCGAGCGCACCUUCCCGCACGGAAGAGCCCCGGCUGGGAGGAUCCGAGUGAGCGUCGAUUGGUUGACGUGGUGCGUGCGCGUCGGGCCUGAGAAAGUCUGGGCGAGCGCGCAGAGUCGGCUCCUGUGGCGGUGCGGGGCGCAUCUCAGCUAAUCCAAAAGUAAAUGAGGAACUUAGAAAAAGAUUGCCAACUCCAGAUCAACAUAUUUAGAGAAAAUUGGAAAGGAGAAGCUUACUACAGCUUUAUUUGAGGACUUUUUAAAGAACACAGAGUUCUAGCUGUGAGCUUCAAAUCUUGGCGCAGAAACCAGAGACGUUGCCAGAGCAAACAGGAACGGGAGUACAAAUGGACGACUGGUCAAAAGACGUAACCCAUGGUUAUCUUGAACAAGAGACCAUGGGGAGAAACAAAAGUACACAGCCAGAUGAGCAACUGCCUGUGAAUUCUAAGGGAAGCAUGCAUCAGAAAUCCAAAGAAUUAGUUAAUGAAGCCACAUGUGAGGGCAUAGAAUCGCCAGAGCAGAGAUCAAGGAAUUUUCAAGUCAUCAGUCCUCGUCUAGGUGAUGAGACAGCUUACUGCACUACAGAAAAGUCCAAUUUUCUUUAUUACAGCAUUAUGGAACAUAGAAAUAAUGAUUUGCAUUACAAAUGUAUGAUUCCUUGUCAAGUUACUUCAGACUUAAAUAAAGAGGAGACAAUAGGAUUGCUUCUCAAAGAAUUGGACAUUCUCAAAGCAAGCAAUAAAAAGCUUCAAGAAAAACUGACUAAAGAAGAUGAAGAACAGAGAAAACUAAAGCUUAAACUGGAACUCCAAGAAAAAGCAACAGAAGCUCAAAUUGCUGAAAAAACAGCAGCUCUGGUUGAAGAGGUGUAUUUUGCACAGAGAGAACGUGAUGAAGCUAUUAUGUCUCGACUGCAGUUAGCCAAUGAGGAGAGAGAUGAAGCAAUUGCACGAUCCAAGCAUAUGGAAAUGUCUCUAAAACUGCUAGAAAAUAUUAACCCUGAAGAAAAUGACAUGACAUUACAGGAAUUACUGAACAGAAUAAACAAUGCAGACACAGGGAUAGCUAUUCAGAAGAAUGGAGCUAUAAUUGUGGAUAGAAUCUACAAGACCAAGGAAUGUAAAAAGAGAAUAACUGCAGAAGAAAUGAAUGCAGUGAUUGAAGAACGGGAUGCUGCUUUGUCUCAGUGCAAACGGCUAGAGCAGGAGCUUCAUCAUCUGAAAGAGCAGAACCAGACUUCAGCAAACAACAUGAGACAUCUGACUGCUGAAAACAAUCAAGAACGUGCUCUGAAGGCAAAGUUGUUAGCUAUGCAACAAGCCAGAGAAACUGCAGUUCAACAAUACAAAAAACUGGAAGAAGAAAUCCAGACACUUCGAGUUUACUACAGUUUACACAAAUCUUUAUCCCAAGAAGAAAAUCUGAAGGAUCAGUUUAACCAUACCCUUAAUACCUAUGAAGAAGCUUUAAAAAGUAGAGAGAACAUUGUUUCCAUCACUCAACAACAAAAUGAUGAAUUAGCUACCCAACUGCAGCAAGCUCUGACAGAUCGAGCAAACAUGGAAUUAGAGCUUCAGCACACCAUCGAGGCCUCCCGAGCAGCCAAUGACAAAGUUCAGAAGUUGGAAAGGCUGGUGGACGUCCUGAGGAAGAAGGUUGGAACAGGGACCAUGAGGACAGUGAUCUGACUGAGAAAAAAACGACAGUCUGGGGAAGCAAUCACAUCUGGUGACCAGGCUGCUUCAUUCAACACUGUGUAAACACUAAAGCCUUAACUUAGCAAACAGUUGUUAGAAGUGGGACACUCCAACCACAUUCCAAGUUGAGAUAAAAUCAAAUCACAAAUGUUUAACCACUUUGCUGCUGACUUGAGUUAUUUAUCCAAAUGUAUUAACUACAGACUUUUACCAAUGGGUAGCUAUAAAGUUGCAGCUUAUUUUGUAACUAUUUUAUAUCUCACUGUAUUUAAUAUAAAUAUUUUUGCUGAAAGACCAUUAUAGAAACAUAGUAAAGUUGGUCAGGAUCAUAUCUUCACAUAUGGCCCUUUCUGAAUCAAAAUACAGCAGAGUAAAUAUUGCCUAAACCUUAAUCCACUGUGUUAGGUCAAAACUUCAAAUACAUACAUUUUUCAAUGUAGAGUUUAUUUCUUAACCAAUGAGAGAAGCACAUACAUAAGAGUGUAUAGUCUUCCUUCAAUGCAUGCAUGUAAUCUUUGUUAGUUUUGAAGAAUAUUAAGUAUAGAUACCAAGAAUCAAAUGUAUAAUUUGCCUUAAUAAGAGUUUGGUUUAUUAAAAUUACAUUAAUCAA